GUCAUCCUAUUUUCUAUUAGGUAGUAUAGUCACUUUUUAAAAUUUUUUAUGAAUUCAUCAAAAAAUCUAUAUAUGGUAUAAUAUAUAUGCCUAUAAUGAUUAUUUAAUUUGAAAUUAAUUCAUAAGACUGAAAUAAACGUCUGUGGCCUAAUCAGCAAGAGCCUCGCUUACCAAUCCGAUGGUUAUGGGUUCGAAUCCCAGCAAGCAAAGAUCAUAUUUUUUUUCUUAAUCCAAUUUGGUGGUUCCGUCCUUGGUGGAUGAUAUAUAGGAGGCCGGACUCGACCACACUCAUCAUUUCUUCGAAUUACCAAAUUUACUGUUAACUUCACAAAAAGAUUUUUGCGAUUACUUGAACUGCUCAAAAAAAGGUUCAGAAUAUUUAAUUUAGACAAAAAACGCUGAUAGUCGUAAUAUAGCAAAUAUUAUAAAUAUCAAUCCAUAGUUUAAAAUAGAUAAAUAAGUUAAAGUGAAGAAGAAUGGGUUGCAUGCCCACUAAAAUAAGCUCUAAUUGUAAUGAUCAUCUAUCACCAUCUCCCCGAUUGGGAAAUAAUAAUGAUGGAUCCUAUCCGGAAUACGUAGACACCACUCGCCUAUCGGCUCACGAAGAUUCACCCCAACCUCAACACAACGCUCUGACCUCGGGUUCUAAGAACGGCCAAAAUAGGUAUAAACUACACAAAUAUGGGUUAAAUAAUAGAUCGAACAGUAAGAAAAUGGAAAAUGAUCGAAGUGGUAAUGAGUUGGCCAGACUCAGUCAGGGUGACAACAGACUGCCACCAAAACCAAUGGAUGUUUCUAAACUUAUACCUAAUUUUAAAUCUUCUACUACGGAAGAUAUCGAUUAUAGCCUUGUCCCGGAUAGCAAACGGUUAACUGAACGCCGGGGCACCAAUAACGCCGAAACUCAGACAACCCUUUCCCCUCAUCCACUAAAGAAAAACGAUGAUCAUUGGCAUUUAGGACCUAUGGUUAUCAAGGAGCGCCAAAUGAAUAUACUCCUAGUAUUUUCUAAGGAGGAUUCGCAGAGCGAUGGGUUUUGGUGGGCAGCUCAAAGGCCCGGGUUUAAAUGCGAUCUAGUAUCCAGCUCGGAGACUGCCGUCGAGCUAUAUUUGAACAAGAACCACGAUUUGAUUAUCAUUGACAGGCGAAAAGACAAGAAAAAUCUUGCGAGGAAGAAAUCAUCAACAGAUAAUUUCCACACGGCAAUCAACUAUAAUAAGGAUACCUUAUUGGAAUUAAAAAAGAGGAACGAAGAUAAUGAAAUGGCCCAUUUUGACCCCGAUACUCUUUGUCGAUCUCUGAGAGCCACUAAAUGCAACGAUUCUACCAUCAUUAUGGCUAUCAUUAGAACUAAUCAAGAAUGGGUAUCGGAAACAUUUUUAGCUCAAGACUUACUGAAAGCCGGAUUUAAUAAGUAUUUCGUUGAAAACACCGAUGUUAAUGCGUGCCAAAACGAACUCAUGAUGAUCGAAAAUGAAUCCUUCUUGCUGAGGUGUAAAUUAAAUUCCACCAAAUCCUUAUUUUCAGCUCUCGAUCACAUAAACGAUGCUAUCGAUAUAUGCACCAUGGAUAAAGAAAUUCAAUAUGUUAACAAAGCUUUUGAGAAGAUGAGCGAAUAUUCUUCGGAUGAACUGGUGAAUUGCAGCACCAAAAUAUAUUUACCACCCGGAAAACUGGAUUCCGUCGAGAUGGCUAACAAAUUUUUGAUUAAGGGAAAAGUUUGGGAAGGAAAUUCCAUGAUUGAAACAAAGAGUGGUGAAAGCGUCUGGCAUCAUUGCACAAGCGUGCCGAUUAUGGGCAAUAAAGGGGAAUUGGUGCAAAUUGUUAAUGCUAGAACUCUACUCAACGAAGAGGGACUGAGAACUCAUGCUAUCAGCUCGCCUAACAUAAAAAAUCCUGAUAGCCUUUUCUAUCCUAGAAGAGGAAGCUUGAUCUCUUUACCAAAAAAUAUUGAAUUAAUAUCUACCACUUUGCGUAAUCACUCCGAACCUAUCAACAUUAGAAGGCCAUCUUUAGCCCGAAUUCAUUCUAUGACAAUUGAAGCGCCUAUUACAAGGGUUAUUAACAUCCUAACAACCGCUCAACAGAGCAGUCCACUUACAGUUUCUCAGGCCCUUGACCGAGUCCUGGAUAUUUUACAUUCUUCGGAGCUUUAUUCGUUAGGCCGGGAACAGCUAUUUUCCCAUCAUCUGUCCUCAAACAGCAAUAUACAAAACAGUUUGCUUAAAACCGAACAAAGUUUGCCCGACAACGGUAAAAACGAGAAAUUCGCUAGGAGAGAUUAUAAUACCAGUGAUGUAUCAAGGGAAGAGGACGAGAAGUUAGCGGUAGACCUUGUAGGCAACUUGGCUGGGAUCAAUUUGGAGCCCAGACUGUCAAAGACCGGUAUGAUGAGAAAAUAUUCUGCCAUACCGAAUAACAAUUACGAACUUCGAGAAGUUCACCCUUGGCUUGAAAUACCCGAUGAUAUUCAGAAUUUGAUCAUGAAAGAUAAUCUUUGGGAUUUUCCUAUAUUUCAAUUGGAAAGAUUGUCCCACAAAAAACCGCUUUACUACCUGGCCAUCAGAAUUUUUGAAAGGUUUGGUCUAGAUUCUUACCUUAAAUGUUCUAACGAAGUUCUUCAUGCCUGGCUACAGAUGAUAGAAAGUUAUUACAAACAAUCCAACUCAUAUCAUAAUUCAACCCACGCCGCUGAUGUAUUGCAAGGAACGGCUUAUUUCUUACAAAAUCCACUCAUCAAAGAAGUUUUAGAGGAACACGAAGUUAUGGGCGCCCUAAUAGCAGCUGUGAUUCACGACUUGGAUCAUCCUGGUAGAAAUUCUGCUUUCCUAUGCAAUUCACACAGUGAACUCUCUAUCCUUUACAAUGACAUGUCCGUUUUAGAAAGCCAUCACGUGGCUUUAGCCUUUAAGCUCACCCUGGCAAAUGACCAGUGCAAUAUCUUCAAAAAUCUCAAUAAUGACGAAUUUAAGGCUAUAAGGACCGUUAUAAUAGACAUGGUCUUAGCCACGGAAAUGGCCAAGCAUUUCGAGAUCCUCUCCAAAUUCCUAACUUUCCUCGACAAAUGUCACUGUCUCACCAAGCUUAAGAAAAAAGAAAACAAUCAUUUGAGUAAAAAAAAUUUAUCCUUCAGUCAACUCUCUGCAUCUGAGACUAGGAGAAGUUCUGUCGAUAAUAACGUCGAUCCGGCUACUUUGCUCCUUCAACGAGAAGGCAAUAUCAAAGCUUUCAAUAUGGAUACAGCCGACCUAUCGAAAAGCAAACAGGAAAAUUUAGCCAACGACCAAAAUCUCAAAAUUUUUCCAUCCUUUCUUUCAUCAUCUUCGAAAGCCAAUGAUGAUAAUCAUAAUACAAAUUAUGCUAAUCAAGGUAUGACCAUAAACUUUUCACCCCAAGAUGACGAGUAUUUAAACCUGCCACAACCAGCUGACAGAAGAAGUUCGUUAAAUACUAGUAACACUAAACGGAACUAUUGGAGAGAAGUAGUGAUCGAGCUAUUGGUAGGUUCCGAUUCUGAUAUCGAUAAUGACGCUAAGUCAUUAGUAGUGAGUCCAGAAGACGCUCAAAAGAACAGACGUCUUAUAUUAAAUAUGCUCAUAAAAUGUGGCGACGUUUCUAACCCAUGUAGGCCUUUGGACAUUUGUAAAGAAUGGUCUAAGCGAAUCGCAGAGGAAUAUUUUGAGCAGACCGACGAAGAGAAAAGGUUAAAUUUACCUGUCGUUAUGCCAACUUUUGACAGGCACACUUGCAAUAUUCCUCAAUCUCAAAUAUCAUUCAACGAUUAUUUUGUUUUCGGGAUGUACGAAGCCUUUGAUUCAUUUUGUAGCAUUUCAGAACUUAUGGAAAAUUCUAAAUACAAUUACAGAUACUGGAAAUUAAUGGCGGACGAUAUUAAACAAAAAAGGUUAAGCGCUGCUCAGGUCUUUUCAGAUAUAUCCAUCCCAAUUACUACAAUCAAUAAUUCAAAAUAGUAGGAAAAAAAUCAAAUUCACUACAAUGUGUUAUCGAAACACAUAGUUUGGGAGUUUCAUAUUUUUCAACAUGAAUUCCCAAAAUUUGUCGACACCUUUCACUUUUUCAAAAAUAUUUAUAACAAAUUUUUAGAUUUUUUUUGGCGUUUAUUAGCUACAUAAAAUAAUAUUAAACCAAAAAAGAUUUAUUGUAAUGAAUAUCGUAUAUUUAUAAAUUAAUAUUUAAAGUUAAACAAUAGACUUAAAAUUGUACCUCCUCUUAUCAACAUUUGAUUUGAUUUUUUUAAAUACAAAUAUUCAAAUUUUGAAAAAUAAUCCGUCCACUUGAGAUUAUGCUAGUCUAAAUAGGGAAUUUUUCAAGUUGAUUCAAUCGAUUAAAUAUAAUAAAUGAGUAACAAUUUGACGUAAUAUAUUUUUUUUAAAGCUGAAAAAUUUAAUAUUAUAUUUUAACUUAAAUAAAUUAUUUAAUUAUAGAGUUAAUAAUUUUUUAAAAUAGAGAAAUAUAUAGGAAAUUUUUUAUUAUUAAUUGAUUUUCAUAUUUAUUUUGUGUAACUUAUUUAUCAUCAUAUCUGAAUAGCCACUGCCUUAAUAAUAAAUAUAAAUUUUAUGAAAUUUAUUGUAUUAAUAUUAGAAAUAUAAAAUGUAUAUAAAUCGCAUAUUUAUUAAAUAAUUGUAUUUUAUUAUUCAUAGAUUUGUAUUUAUAA